GGCGGUGAUCAGUGAGCGCCCAGCACUUCCAGCAGACCCGAGUAGAGCUCAGACCGUCCGGCUGUGAUUGGAGGAUCUCCUCCCUGUACGGGCCCCUGGGAAUAUAGAGCGCUCCCCUCCGGGAUCAUCGCGGUGUGUGUGUGGACUGUAUACUACCGACCGACCGACAUCACUGCCGGGAUCUCCCACCAUCAUCAGCACAAGGCACAAUGACAGAGUUCGAUAUCCGAAACCUGGAUCAGGUGGCUCCUGUGUACAACACCCACAGAGGCGUACUAAAGCGACAGCUGGCAUUUGAUCUUGAUUUAUUGUCAUCGAUUUACACUGGAUCGUUCUCCACGUAUGACACUUAUGAAGAAGAACAGGCAGUCCCUACUGGUCUGGAUUUGCUCCCACAUGACUCCAGCAGCUGCGAAUUGCCCCUCCUGACACCCUGCAGCAAGGCGGUCAUGAGUCAAGCUCUGAAGGCCACUUUUAAUGGGUUUACAAAGGAGCAGAGACGGCUUGGCAUCCCCAGCAAUCCAUGGCUGUGGAAUGACAGUCAAGUAUGCCAGUGGCUUGUUUGGGCUUCCAACGAGUUUUCCUUGGAGACCGUUAACUUCCAGAAGUUCAUCAUGACUGGUCAGGAGCUGUGCAGUCUAGGAAAGGAGCAUUUCCUGGAGCUGGCCCCAGACUUUGUGGGUGACAUUCUCUGGGAGCAUCUGGAACAGAUGAUGAAAGAACAAGAGCGAGUACAGGACCAGUAUAUUCAUAGCUCCAAUCAAACUCAAUGGGUGAACACUGACUCAUUAAAUUUCAACAUGGACCCCUUGCAUUGUGGCUCUCAAGUACACAGUUACCCCAAAACUGAAAUGUACAAUGACCUAUGCCCGGUGCCCCAAGUGCCAAAUUUCCUUCCGGUCAAGCAAGAGUUUCAGAGUUAUUCGUGCAUGAAGUCUAUGGGCAGCAAUUACUCCUCAAUGAACCGGGACUAUAGUCGAAACAUGAACAUCCUACUGAGUUCCCUGAGCUCCGGUAAAUCCAUUGACAUGGAUUCUGUAGACAGCGGUACGGAGAGUUUCGAAAGCACAGACUCCCUAUUACAGUCAUGGACCAGCCAGUCUUCACUGGUGGACAUGCAGCGAGUUCCGUCCUACGAAAGCUUUGAAGAAGAAGCUAGCCAAUCGCUGUGCUUGAACAAGCCUUCCAUGUCGUUCAAAGAUUACAUACAAGACAGGAAUGACCCUGUGGAGCAAGGCAAACCAGUUAUCCCAGCAGCCAUCCUUGCCGGGUUCACAGGGAGUGGGCCUAUCCAGCUCUGGCAGUUCUUGUUAGAAUUGUUGACCGACAAAUCUUGCCAACCUUUUAUCAGUUGGACCGGGGACGGCUGGGAGUUCAAGCUCACUGACCCAGACGAGGUGGCACGGCGAUGGGGAAAAAGGAAAAACAAGCCUAAAAUGAAUUAUGAAAAGCUAAGCCGCGGGCUGCGAUACUACUACGAUAAGAACAUUAUCCACAAGACCUCCGGAAAGCGAUACGUCUACCGGUUCGUCUGCGAUCUCCAAAACCUGCUGGGUUACUCUGCGGAAGAGCUACACGCGAUGCUAGAUGUUCAACCGGAUAUAGACGACUGAGCAGAAGCUCGCGGAACGAUGGCUGUGAAAACUGUGAAAAGGAGAUGACCAAUUUUUAUUUUUUAUUUUUUUUGGUCGCAUUUGAUGGGCUGGACUGUUUGAGAUGAAGGAACUUGCUUUUGGGGUAGUUUGUGAGACCUGAAGGGACUUUGAGACAUUUCGGAGAAGUGUUCGAAGCUCUGGAUGUACAGAGGUCCCACGAACGCUGCUUGGGAUCACAGCCCAUACUUGAAUAAAUAAUUGCACAGGAAGCAUGUACUUUUCGUAAAAAGAAAUUCAGUAUAUCAACAGGGAAAAAAACAAGUCAUUUUCAUUCAAUUGUUUGAGCAAGCGGGAAGCUUUGAACUGUGGUUUAAUGCGGG